AUGCAAUUUGGCCUGGACUCGAUUAUUGGUGCUGUGCUGCCUGGUUUUGGUGAUGCUAUCGGAAUGCUGUUGGCCUUCUACCAGCUAUUCUUGAGUAUGCUCUUUGGACUUCCUAUAAAUGUGAUUGCAAUCAUGGUGUUCUACAUCCUCGUCGAUGCCUUUAUCGGAAUUAUACCGUUCAUUGGAGAGUUUCUUGACGUUGCAUUCAAAGCGAAUCUCUAUAAUCUUCGGCUGCUGGAGAAGGAGCUGAAGCGAAGCAAGUGGGCCACAGCUGUAUCUAUUUUUCCUGCUUAA